GUGAAAACUAGUUCUUCAGUGAAAAGAAAAAAUUACUUUUUUUUUUGGAUGUAUAAAGCACAGAUGUAUAUACAGUAUGUUAACAGAUAUGUAGUAUAUUGACAGAAUUUUAAUUACAUGGGAGAAAUAUCUAAAAAGAACCUUUUAGGGACAGGGUGGGUUGGGAGGUUUUAUGAUCAGGAGAAAAAGUUGGAAAACACUGACUUAGGAAGGGAGUGAGUGACAGGAAGAUCACUGAGCUGGAGGUUAAGAAAUCACAAUCGAAAUCAGCUUAGUAUUAACUCACUGUGAGAACUUGGACCACUUGCUUCCCUUUUCUAGGUUCCAGGCUGCCUUCAAAUGUAAAAUCAUUUAGAAUGAAUGACCGUUUAGGUUUUCUCCAGUGCUAAGAUUGUGAGAAGGAUUUAAACUGGGGCUCCACUGAGUUAUAAACACCUGACUAGGGGAACUAUGGUAAUCGGUCAGGCAUUCGGACCUAUCAAACUUCACUUUUCAAUAAAAUAAAAGGGUAGCAUCGAUAGACUUUAAAGUCUGUCCCUGGCAUCUUUCCUUUGAUCUGUUCUUUAAGCUAUCCACAAAGCUAGAUUUCUAGAAGUCCUGCUCUGGUUCACUCCAGAAGAUUCUUGAAUGCAGCACUGGAGGCAAGGGUACAAUGAAGUUUUGUCAGUAAGCUGCUCAGCAGGUGCUUUGAAACCUGUCAACCAGGCAGGUUACUGCUCAGUUUUCACAUGAUUUCUAGACAUUAAAAGUCCCUUUACAACCCACUUGGGUUAUUAUUUGAAAGAGAACGAUGUACAUGGUGUGCUGAAGGGAAGUAAGAAUUAGCAGACUAGAGUACCAGGUUAAAAAACAAAGAGCCUGCGUAUUUGUGGCAUCUGUAGAUGACAUCAGCUAGACAGCUUGUGCAUAAAGUUUUUUGCUUUAGAAGUCCUUUGAGGACAGAGUGUGUCUUCUAACUCAAGCGUUUAGUGCUCAAUUAGUAUCCUGCUCCUAAAAGGGUUAUUGUGAAGGUGUGUUGACUGUGAUGAUCACAUGCAAGUUGAAGAGAGAAAAAUAAAACCUAAGCCAUAAAUCUUUGAGUGCCUUAGCUUGGGUGAUCUGUACUGAUGUGACCAUAGAACAGAGCACUUAUCUUGUUUUCCUUCUGCCAUUGAAUCACCUCAUGGUGUUUCCAGAUAAGAAACAUAAAUGGCAUUCAUCACCUAACUGGAACAUAUACAGCUCAUUUAUCACAGGGCAUCAAUGCUCAAACAGUUGUUUUGAGUAACAAAUUCAGCUCUUCUCGGAUGAGUUAUGAUUGCACAGAAUUGUUUUCCACUGAACAGCAGGGACCUCUUGAAUGUUGUCAGCAUUUGGAGGUAGUUGGAAGAAGGAGCUCUAUUUAAUGACAAAUGGCUAACUAUUCAGAAUUUCAAUGUGUACUGGGAAGAUAAUUCAACCUCUAGUUUAUCCAAAGAAUCUUGGAGUUGCUGGCAAUGAGAAAACCACAGAGUCUGCUUGAAAAUAUCAGGCGUGAAGGAGUUAAUUGACUGUGUAAGCUUUAUCUUAUGUCCCGUGGACUUGUGGUUUGCCGACUAAAGUCUCCAGUAAAUGAUUGUUAGAGACCUGUCAUUGAUAGCUGUGGCUGGUUGCUGUGUUUCAAAAGCCUGUUGAUUCCUCUGCUAGAGGUGCAGUAUCGUCUAGCCCUUUCCUCAUCUCAGACCUACUCGGGUCUGCUUGCGAAAGGAUCUAUCAGAUCAAUAAACAUGAGUGACAAAAACUACAGCACCACCAUCUACAACAGAGUGCUAACAGAGAGGGUGUAUGAGAAUUCAGACCCAGAAGAAAACGGAGGUCCCCUUUACGAUGAAGUCCAUGAAGAUGUGAGGAGGGGAGACAACUUAUAUGUCAAUGAGCUGGAAAGCCACGAAUAUGACUCUGUGGCCGUGUACACUGUUGGGCGUCAGGGGAGAACCUUGGCCUCUUUACAGCCAGAAACAGGAGAAUACGUCUUGCCUGAUGAAACAUGUUCUAAGGCUCAGGAUCCCCACCCAGGGGAACCCACGGAGGAUGAGGACAUCUCCUUGGAAGAAUUGUUCUCACCAACCAAGGACCAGGAGUCUGACCCAGAGGAGCCCCAGGGGUCUGACCCAGAGGAGCCCCAGGAGAAUGGAAGUGAGGUGGAGGCAGACCUGCCCUCUCCUUCGAGCUUCACCAUCCAGAAUAGCAGAGCCUUCUCCACCCGCGAGAUCUCCCCUACCAGCUAUUCUGCUGAUUAUGUUUCAGAAGGAGACAAAUCGGCUUCUGCAAGCCCCGAGAUUAACCUCUUUGUGAAGGCUGGAAUCGAUGGGGAAAGCAUUGGCAACUGUCCCUUCUCUCAGCGCCUCUUUAUGAUCCUCUGGCUGAAAGGAGUUGUGUUCAAUGUCACCACGGUGGAUCUGAAAAGAAAGCCUGCUGACCUGCACAACCUCGCCCCUGGUACCCAUCCACCCUUCCUGACAUUCAACGGGGAUGUGAAGACAGACGUCAAUAAGAUCGAGGAGUUCCUGGAGGAGACUUUGACCCCUGAAAAGUACCCCAGACUGGCUGCGAAACAUCGGGAAUCCAACACGGCAGGCAUCGACAUCUUCGCCAAGUUCUCUGCCUACAUCAAAAACACGAAGCAGCAGAGCAACGCUGCCCUUGAGCGAGGCCUGACCAAGGCUCUGAAGAAGCUGGAUGAUUACCUGAACACCCCUCUGCCGGAGGAGAUCGAUGCCGACACUCGCGGGGAUGAUGAAAAGGGCUCCCGGCGCAAGUUCCUGGAUGGGGAUGAGUUGACACUGGCCGACUGCAACCUGUUGCCCAAGCUCCAUGUGGUCAAGAUUGUGGCCAAGAAGUACCGCAACUAUGAUUUCCCGGCUGAGAUGACGGGUCUCUGGCGGUACCUCAAGAAUGCCUAUGCCCGGGACGAGUUCACCAACACCUGCGCGGCAGACAGCGAGAUCGAGCUGGCCUACGCGGACGUGGCCAAGCGCCUCAGCCGAUCCUGAACUUGGCCGUCUCUCCCCAUCGCUGCUGCAGAAGGACUCCACCUCUCCCUGAGGACUCUGGCUUCACACACUCCUCUUCCAUGCUGCCUCUGGAAACUUCUGUCUCCAUCAGGCCACAUCUCACUGGCAUCAUUGGAACCACCCCCCCCCCCGCCCCACGCCUGCUGUCUUUGACCAAAGUCAGCGCCAGCCCCCUCUGGUCAGACAGGAAUCCUGCAAGCAGAAAUGAGAGAAACAGUCAAGCUGUCAGCCUUUCGGACCUGGACUGGGUUCCGUGUGUUUGGGGUCGGUGCCUGGGGGAGCCCUGUCUGUGGGAUUGUCACUGGCCCCUUUUGCCAAUAUUGAAAUAUCUCUUCAGAUGCAUUAGAAACCUGCAACAUGCUGUCCUCGUCCACCCUCCUCUUUGUCAGUAACUCCAAGGCCAAACACCGUCUUAGUUCUUAUUAGAAAGAGGUGCAGGGCUGUAUUAGGGGAGAUGAGAGUGGAUGGGGCAGACGUGGGUCUGGGCACCUGUUAGACACACCUCCAGUCACUCACCACUUUCUGGCACUCUUGUCACUUCGGGCACUGAAGAUUAGAAAACUAUUUCAGACAGCCUCAGUUUUCUGCAGGGCUGGGCGCAGUCUGAUGCUAUCACGUACUUGGCUUGAUGCUGAUCUCUAUGCUUAUCUGUCUAGGCCUUGCCAGGAAGGGAAAUUAGCAUGCCAUUCCAAACUGGGGUGACUGGGAAGGGGAGGGGAGGGGAGGAGUGUUGAUGCCAAAAGGCCCGUGGGGUCUACCAGCCAUGGGGUUUGCUUGCUUAUGGGAGUGGUUUCAUUGGGGAUUACAUGCCUGGGUUUGACUAUGUUUAUCCACAAUUGAAUUUUGGUCUCUGAGAAAGCAGAUGGGAGUGGGGGUGGGUGGGGGGAUGGAUGCACGAGGCUAAGACCUUUGUAUGAGGCUCAGUGCUCCCUGGGAAUCUUUUAGAUAGAUCUUUUCUCUUAUGAUCUAAGUCUCGAACCAGUGAUAUCAUGUAGCUGCCAUCUUCAUGGCAAAAUACCAACAAUUGACCAAAAAUGACUCUCCAGCUUCUUCAAGUUGUUCCUGGAUGUGGGUCUGCUAGCUGGGUGCUCUCUGAUUCAGCUUCAGCCUCUGACGUGCAAGAGAUACAUUUAGGAGGUGGCUUGAUCGUGGAACCUUAGGAAGAAAGUCCGUGGGCCUUUCUGAUUGGGAAACCAUGUGGUUUAAACUCGGAGAAAAAAUACAUAGGCAUCUGGGUAAAUUUUCCUACCAUCUGCCUCAAAUGCCCGAUGAAAAAGAGGAAGCUGUUUUUUAGCUAAUAUUUCACUCUGUAGUCAUUCUCCUUGAGUUUCACCUUAAAAGCUUAUCCUGCCUGAACCCAGGGACCUGUGCAGAGGAAACGAAGAAAAAUGAGCUAGUCAUCAGCUCCCUCUUGCCAUGAAUGCCCUGGGAGAAAGUCCACCCGCCGCAGACCCUCACCUUCAACAAUCCUUCCUUCUGUGUUGCCUGUUGAUGGAGGCCGAGGCUCCCAAGUGCUCGAAAGCCCCAGGACUUGGCUCUCUGCUCAGUGAGGGCAGGACAGCAUGGGGCCUUCCUGUAGAAACAUCAUGAGGUUCUAACCCAAGUAACAUCUGGACCUACCUGCCUCCAGGGAUCUCUGGAGAGAAAGGGGACCCAAUGAUCAGAGCAGAGGGGUAGAAGCAGGGGGUCUCCUUUAGCCCAGGGAGAAAGAUGCCAUUUCUCGGUGGGGCAUCCUGUAAGCCUGAGACCUUUCAUUCAGAAGCAGAAAGAAUUGAUUCAUUUCCUCCUCUAAGGGAACCUCUGCAGGACUCCCUGAUAACUUUGUCCCUGGAGAUGUUUGAAAAGGCGAACUGAUGAGGAAACAGUCCUUCUGACAAUAGGGGAAAGCCUCAUGCUGGUCUCAUGGGAGAUGAACGCUUAAAUGAUCCCAAAGGCCUGUUCAUUAGUGUGAAAUCCUGUUGUCCUCAGAGACCCUUCCCUGAACAUCACAGCGUAAGGGCGAUGAUCUAAGAGGCAGUUGACUUUCCUGAGACCCAGAAAGGUGCUGUUCUUGAGGUAUACCUGAGAAGCACAGCCAGUGAGCGACAGUGAAAAUGGCAGGAUGCCCAGGCAGAGAAGCUCCCCAGGUGGAGUAGCACCCGAGGCAGAGUGCCUCCCACUGAGGAUUUUUGAACACUGAGGACACUGGAUAUUCAGAAUCCAGCAAUUGGCAAGUCUUUAAACACAGCCUUUAAAAACAAACAAGCCAAACUAAAUCAAUAUUGUUGGUUCUAGCUGUUCCUUCUGUGGUUGACUUAGUUUUACAUCAGUAACCAUGUUAGGGCACAGGGGUGGGGUUGGAGCAGUUAUAUGACCCAUGGUAACCAUUUAACAGAGGGAGAGGAGUUAUAGAUGGUUGACAUUUCCUGGUACUCAGUCCAGGAAUAUCUUUUUAUUGCAGCAGUAGAAUCAUAUGAUGCAACCGACUAUUGAUUUAGAGCUUAAACGUCUAUGACAGGUUUAUCAGAGUAUUUUUAAAUAAUAUUGCCUUAUGAUGAUUCUUUUCCAAAGAGAUUUUUCUCCACAUGCUUCAGUCUCCCUGGGUUUUGGCCAUAACCUUGUCAUAUCAUCUCCCAACCACACUGUGUAAAGGUCCUCUGGUGUCCCCAGAAUCAGCUCAGGGAGUAUUGAAGGUCUGCAGUUUGACCCUGAACUCCAGAGUGUUGAGAUGGGAAAUGACCCUUGUUAUUGGUCUGGCAUGCAUAUCAAUACCUCAAAAAGCAUCUCAGUGGCAGUAAGAGGGGAUUUACUUGGGUUGAGAUUCUAUUUUACUCUAGAUUUAUUUCUCUUCUUUGGUUUUUACAUCACUUUUUUUUUUUUUUUGGUGGGUUGGCAUAGUGUGAGGCAGAGGGAGAAAUAAGAAUCACAUUCAGAACAAUUGUGUUGAAUUUACCCAUCUUCUCAGUCCUGCCUGCCUCUCAGGUUGCCCUGAGAGAGUGUAUUGGAUAAGAUUUUAACAGCUAUAAAAGAUGAGCUGGAUCAGUAAAAUCCAGACUGGUCCAGCACAUAGCUCCUUCUAUCGCGCACCUUUAUUACCUGACACUUCAGAAUCACCAGUAUGAGUUUGGCUGUCUUCUUUUGAACAAACAAUAUUGUUUUGAAAAGUGAAACCCACACUCCAUUGGUUUGUUUGACCACAGGUCUCAAACUAGUUUCGUCUUCCCAAGAAAUGACACUGUCGUCAGUGUUCACUUAUCUUGCUGGUGGGGCCAUGGAAAUGCUUGAUCUUUUCAUUAGAAAGAGGCCAUGCCAAGAAGGAGUUUUCCUGGGCUGAAUUUUCUAGCGUUUGUCAAAUGAAACAACGGAAAUACUUCAUAACACCUGUACCCACUGGCCGCUCUGCAGAAAGACAAGACCAAGCAUCUUAGAAUUGUUGUAGAAUGGAUCACAUCUGGAAUGGACCCUGAAGAUCUAAGAUCCUAGAAAUCAGCAAGGUCUGGACAAACAGAAUGAAAAAGGAGGCAGUGUCAGGAAGAUACAGGUCUACCUAGUAAGUUUUCCAUCGAGAGAAAACAGUGAGAGUUUGUGUCUGAAAUUAAGUUGGUCUAGGGGCAGGGGACAUCCAGUACAUAGGUCUUUGACUCCUAUUUCCAAGGGCCAGGAAGCCAGUUCAGCAGCAGAGGGAGCCAAGAUGCUGGUGACUUCUCCUUGGAAUGAGCAGCAUUAACCCAUGAUUAAUGAUUCCCAAGGGAUCACUUCCUUUUUUUAAUAAUAAUGUUUAAAAGCCUCUGGAACAUUAGAAAAAGAAGUGUGCAUGGGAAGCAUCCUGGUUCUGAUGUGAGGCCCGAAGUGUUCACAUCUUGGCUUUGGGACCCUCCUAGCACACGCGGCCCAUUGGUUUCUACCCACGGCUCUUGGCGUGUAAUUCAAACAACACAUGCCCUCCUAUGAAUGCAUCAUCCACUCCCUUUGUCAUUGUUCUCCUCCCAGCUUAGUUUCAGGAUCCUUUCAUUUUGUGAUUAGGUAUGAUCCAAAGUGUGCAUAGUCUUACUUAAUGUUACUUAAGGAAAUGGAUCCAACGUUCCCCUCCUUAACCAAAAAGAAAAUUAAAAAUUGCCUCACUGUAGAACUUGGGUUAAUCUAUUUCUAUAAAAGCAAUCUUUUUUUUUGACAAAAUAUAAUUUUAAGGAUACAGUCAUCUAUGAUAUUUAUGUAUAGAGAUUUUGCAAUAUUGACUAUGCAUAUGCUUAAAAUAUAAAGUAUCUGACUGAUGUUUGAACUUGUCUUUCUUUCCUGACCACCUGGCUAUCCCAUUUUAUAAGCAGGAGAGUUAACUAAUUUAGCAAAGAAGCCUAGCUUUUAUAAAAGAUCAAACAUUUCACUUUAUAAAAACACUCCCAAUGAUGGUCACUUGAUUUUUCUUAAGACCUUUAACUGUGGUGAUAAAAUAACAGGACUUGCUUUUAAGCCUUAAUAAUGUAAAAUUCCUUUUUAAUGAAGACAUUGCUGAGUGUUUUCCUCAUGAAUCUGAACCAGUUAUAAAUUUGUUUUCUGGUCUUGAUUGGUAUUGACUAAUUCAAAUAAAGUUGGUUUAUUUUCAAAUAGUA